GGGCAGUGGGCGGGGCGAGGAGGCCGGAGUCAGGAGGCCGGAGUCAGGGCCCCUCGGCGUCGGUGGCCUUUCGGGAGCCUAGCGGGAUGGGGCAGCGGGCGCGCCUCUCGCUGCUGUUAUGCCUCGUGGUGCUUUGGGUCGCAGGACUGACCGCCGCCGAUGAAGAGGGAAAUCAGGAUGAAUCACUGGAGUCAAAGACUUUAUCUGCAGAGGACCAGGUAAAGGACCAUUCCACAGGAACUCGAGUGGUAGCAGGUCAGAUCUUCCUUGAAUCAGGGAAAUCGGACUCUCAGUCAGAGGACGAAGAGAACUUUCACAGUCAAGAGGAGGAAAAAGAAAAUUCGCUAGAAGAAUUGAACUCUCUAGAAAUGUCAAAUCUAUUAAAUAAAGACUUGGAAGAAGCAGAAGUACAGAGUCCAGUUUUGACAGCUAUAGGGGGCACUGCAGAUGGUGAACCUUGCCACUUCCCCUUUUUGUUUAUGGAGAAGGAAUAUCCAGAGUGCACUGCAGAUGGGAGGGAAGAUGGCAGGCUUUGGUGUGCAACAACCUACGAUUACAAGAAAGAUCAAAAGUGGGGCUUCUGUGAAACUGAAGAACAGUCUAAUAAGAGAAGGCAGAUGCAAGAAGCUGAGGAUGUUUAUCAGACUGGAAUGAAAAUCCUUAAUGAAAGUAGUAAAAAGGCUCAGAAGAAAGAAGCGUAUCAAUAUCUUCUGAAAGCAGCUGACAUGAAUCAUACCAAGGCGAUGGAGAAAGUGUCUUAUGCUUUGUUGUUUGGGGAUUACUUGAAGCAGAACAUACAAUCAUCAAAAGAACUGUUUGAAAAAUUAACAGAAGAAGGUUCUCCUAAAGGACAAAUGGCUCUUGGAUUUCUAUAUGCAUCUGGUCUAGGAGUCAAUUCUAGUCAAGCUAAGGCCCUGGUGUAUUACACUUUUGGAGCUUUAGGAGGAAAUCUGAUUGCCCAUAUGAUCUUAGGUUACCGGUACUGGGUUGGGAUAGGAGUCCUUCCAAGUUGUGAAUCUGCUCUCACUCACUACCGACUUGUAGCUAAUCAUGUUGCUAGUGACAUUUCUUUGACUGGUGGCACAGUAGUUCAGCGAAUCCGCUUAGCAGAUGAAGUAGAAAAUCCAGGAAUGGCAAGUGGUAUGCUAGAAGACGACUUGAUUCAGUAUUACCAGUUUUUAGCAGAGAAAGGAGAUGUGCAAGCACAGGUUGGCCUUGGACAAUUGCACUUACACGGUGGGAGAGGAGUAGAGCAAAAUCAUCAGCGAGCAUUUGAGUACUUCAAUCAAGCAGCUAAUGCUGGCAAUUCACAUGCCAUGGCUUUUCUAGGAAAGAUGUAUUCAGAAGGAAGUGAUGUUGUACCUCAGAGCAAUGAAACAGCUCUUCAGUAUUUCAAGAAAGCUGCUGAUAUGGGUAACCCAGUUGGACAGAGUGGAUUAGGAAUGGCUUACCUUUAUGGAAGAGGUGUUCCAGUGAACUAUGAGCUAGCACUGAAGUAUUUCCAGAAGGCUGCAGAACAGGGAUGGGUUGAUGGACAGCUUCAACUGGGUUCCAUGUAUUACAAUGGCAUUGGAGUAAAGAGAGACUAUAAACAGGCCUUGAAGUAUUUCAACUUGGCCUCCCAGGGUGGCCAUAUUCUUGCAUUUUAUAAUCUGGCUCAAAUGCAUGCUACUGGCACUGGAGUGAUGCGAUCCUGUCAUACUGCUGUUGAGUUGUUUAAGAACGUAUGCGAACGGGGGCGUUGGUCUGAAAGACUUAUGACUGCCUACAACAGCUAUAAAGAUGGUGACUCAAAUUCUGCUGUGGUUCAGUAUCUUCUUCUGGCAGAACAAGGCUAUGAGGUUGCACAAAGCAAUGCUGCUUUCAUAUUUGACCAGAAAGAAGCCAGCAUAGUAGAAGAAAAUGAAACCUAUCCUCGAGCUUUGCUUCACUGGAAUAGAGCUGCUUCUCAAGGAUAUACUGUUGCAAGAAUUAAACUUGGAGAUUACCAUUUUUAUGGCUUUGGUACUGAUGUUGAUUAUGAAACUGCAUUUAUUCAUUAUCGACUGGCAUCAGAGCAACAGCACAGUGCUCAAGCGAUGUUUAAUCUGGGCUACAUGCAUGAGAAGGGGUUGGGCAUCAAACAGGAUCUUCAUCUUGCAAAACGUUUCUAUGACAUGGCAGCUGAAGCAAGCCCAGAUGCUCAGGUUCCUGUCUUCCUAGCACUUUGCAAGCUUAGAGUGAUUUAUUCCUUGCAGUAUGUACGAGAAAUCAAUAUAAGAGAUGUAUUCUCGCAUGUUGAUAUGGACCAGCUGCUGGGGCCUGAGUGGGAUCUUUACCUUAUGACCAUCAUCGCCUUGCUUCUGGGAACAAUUAUAGCUUACAGACAAAGGCAACAUCAGGCAAUUCCCAGACCAGCAGGACUGCGGCCAGCUGUGCCUCAACAAGAGCCACCACCAGAGCAUCAACCGCCACAAUAGCAACAAAAGCCUCAGUGAAAGAACUGGAUUUUUCCAAAAGGAACAAUUUUCAUUGUGAUUUAGGACUUUGGAUCAAUGGUCCCUCCCCCAAAAGAGGCGCAAAGAAGUUGAGGAAAACAAAAAAAGUCUGAAAGCUGCUUAGAAUGUUGCCUUUUUUCAGGGAUAAGAAAAUUCUGUUGAAACUGAUUUGAAUGUUAUUUCAGUGCCAAUGGAAUAACACUAUGGCUUUUUUUCAUAGAAACACAAGAGUGCUACUACAAAAUUGUUGCCUGCUGUAUCUAGUUCCUCUUUAUUCAGAGUCUUUUAAUCUCCUAGAGAUAGCAGAAGGCUAGCAAUGAAAGGCUUUUGCCUGCUUGAUAGCAGUUGCCCUCUACAAAAGUAAGAACAAUUUUAUGGCCAAUUCAGGUCCCUAGAAGCUGAAUGAUACUGAAACUCUAAAAAUACUAGAGCUGUAUAAAUUUAUAUUCGGAUCUCCAUCCCAAGUAUUUCUACAAUCCUUAUUUAAUUUUCUUAAUAUUUCCUACACUUCGGUCUUUUAUGCUGCCAUGGUGGUUUAACAUGGGUUAUUUAUAAACUCUGUAAAACUAGACAGCAAACAUACCACUCUCUAUUUGUGCUUUUUUGUUUUGAGUAUUUUCCUCUGUUCCCCUUAGACUAGACUAGACAGUUCUCAGCAGACAGUAUGUAGCCCAGGAGGCAGACUGGGACAGAUUGGGUCUGUAAAGCUCAUCAGUUGAGAACUAUACACAUGGUGCCCAGAUCUUGCAUCCUUCUAGAACUUUUUUGGAGCCUGUGUACUUGGCAAUACUUUAUAACAUAAAACCAAAUUGGUAGUGUUCCUAAAUUAUUUAAAUCUACAAAGAGGCUGUCUGGGUUGCAGAAAGCACCAGUAUUAUUGUGGACACUGAAGAAAGGACAGAACCAGAAAUCUCAGUGAGUUAGCUUACUUUUUUGUUUGGUUUUAGAGGUGGAAGUUUAGUAUUUAAUUUUCAGCAAUUCUGUAAGCGAUCUACACUGCAACAGGGAAAAAUAUAUUAUCUCAUGAAUGCAUCU